GCUUCCUCAUCUUUUUCUCACUUUGAAAAUAUAUUUUAUGGCUCGUCGUUCGUUAGCUAGUCGUUAUCUAGUUAAUACGUUCAUGGAUGACGACGACAAUAUUGAUGACGAAUAUGAAGAAUUGUUACUUGCUCAAAUAGAAGAAAAAGCGCGUGCCAACCAGAGUUCAAGAGGAGGUCAUCGUGGUUCUAUUAUGGGUCACCGUAUUGUUAAUCGUGAUCUAAUUGAGGGUCAUGAAAGACUUUGUCGUGACUACUUUGCUAAUCCUCCAAAAUAUGGGGCUCAUCUCUUUCGAAGGAGAUUCAGAAUGAAGCAAGCUCUUUUCAUGCGCAUUCAUGAUGCCAUCGUCGCGCACGAUACUUAUUUUGUUCAAAAGAGGAAUGCUGCUGGGCGUCUUGGCUUGUCAUCACUUCAAAAGGUAACAGCUGCUUUUCGACAACUUGCAUAUGGUGUUCCAGCCGAUUAUGUUGAUGAGUAUGUGCAGAUUGGGGAAAGCACCGCUAUUGAAAGUCUCAAAAAGUUCGUCACAGCAAUUGUCGAAGUGUUUGGUGAUGAAUACUUAAGGUCGCCAAAUAGUGAUGACCUUAAGAGAUUACUUGCAAUAGGUGAACAACGCGGCUUUCCUGGUGUUAAAGUAAGAGAG